UGCUGACAUACUUUCUCACUAGUUUUCUUUUUUUUUAUCUUUUUCUUUAUUAUUGAAGAAAACCUUUCUACCGCCAUUUCAUCAAUGAGCUGUAAAAAGGACUUUUUAUUGGGCCCAUCAUGUCCAGAAUUACUAUGUGGAUUAUGUAACGAUAUAUUGGAUGAGCCUAUGCAAGUUCAUUGUUCUGAAGAUCACAUGUUCUGUCGUUCCUGCUUGGCUACUUAUGAAAAAGCAUCUUGUCCAUCCUGUUUGGAACCUCUUGACAAGGCCUCGUUUCAACUCUCCAAAUUUGUUAAGCGGCAAAUUAGUCGAUUACGUAUACGGUGUAUAUAUCAUUCAUUGGGUUGUACUUGGGAAGGCCUCUUGGAAGAUAAUCAUCCACAAUUGUGUGAAUAUCAAACAGUUCGUUGUCCAAAUGCUCAUCUCGGAUGCUCAGAUUUCAUUGGAAUAGCCAACGUUGACCAACAUAAAGAACAAUGUUUAUAUGAAUUAAUAUCAUGUCCCAACUCAUCACCACAAUGUCAACCAUUCCUUCGGAAAGACGCACCUAUUCAUGCUUCAAAUUGUUCCUCCUAUCAAUGUCCUUAUUCUCAUGAAGGCUGUACUUUCAUUGGCACUCUUCCAGAAGUCAACAAACACUGCGAACUCUACUGUGGCAAACUACACGAACGUAUACAGCAAUUAGAAUUACAAUGUAGUCAGAUGAAACAACAAUUAACAUCAAAUAUCGUAGAUGGACUUACCAACAACAACAACAAUAACAAUAUGAACAAAACAGCAUUGACUACCUCUGUUCAGCCUGAUUCUUCAAUGGACGAAAUGACUCUGAUCCACCAAAUGUUCAACAAUAGUUUCAUGAACAAUACCACCACCACCGCUACUACUACUACUACUCCUAUCACACAAUGUCCUCCAACAACAAAUAACAAUGUAGACAUGAUGGAUUUAUCAUCUUUAUCAGGGAUUCCACUGAACACUCUUUCAUCCAAUCCACAAGCUAACACCAACAGUAUAUCAUCCACAGCCGAAACGUCAUCAUCAUCAUCAUCAUCAGCGACAGCAGCAGCAUCUUCUUUAGCGUCAUCAUCAUUGCCUUCAACCACGCCUUUGACCACAAUAACAUCUGGUACAGCUCCGAAAAGGUCCACGAACGGUAAGAUCAUUCGAUACAGCAAAAACAAACAAUUAGCUCAUGGAGCACUGCGGAUGGCACGACAACGUACACCUAGUAGUUCAAAUCUUACAACAGAAGCGAUCCUUCAAGCUCUUCAUAUAGCCAACAAAUCCAUGGAUGAAGAUAUUAACAUGACCUCAUCCGUAUCAUCACCACCGCCAACUAACAAUAAAGAUACAUAUCAAUCACCUUCAUUAACGACUGGAAACCAACCAACUAAUCCACAAUAUUCAUUCAAGAAUCUAGAUGAUGUCACCAAAUUCCUGGAAGAAUUACCCCCAGUGGUUGAAGCAUCACCCUUCCUAUCUUCACAACAUUCACGCAAAUCCAUCACUAAAAAUAAAAAUGAUCGAUCAGGGAAAUCAAAAUCAAAUGGUGACAAUACGACAAAACGACAAGGGAAAAUGACCAAUAAUGUGACGUCUCCUGAAGCAACAUCUACACUCACUACCUCCACAAGACCGAUGUUUAUCUUGGCUUCCACGCUUUUAUCAAAACGAACUCAAGAAAACUAAAAAAAAAAAGGAUACCAUAUUAUGCCCUGUGGAUUCAAAAAAAAAAAGGAAUACCUUAUUGCUUGUAUAUAAUUCUCUCUCUCUCUCUCUCUCUCUCUCUCU